AUGGCUACGUUUGAAGAGCUAUCAUCUGAAGAGAAAGUUGAAGAGGAAGAAGAAGCAAAUCUGGCACUUAUGGCCUCAACAGACUCAGAUGUAGACUCAGAUGAUGAGCCAGAGUCAGACUCAGAAGUAGCUGAUGAGGUAUUUUCUGAUUGCUCUAAAACUCAACUCAUAAUUGCUCUUAACAAGGUUAUUGAGAAGCAUCUCAAAGUAUUAAGCAAACAAAAACUUUUGCAAGAAAAACUUAAUACUCUGAAUGCUCAGGAAAGCCACUUUCAAGGUCUGUAUCAGCAAACUCUAGACAGAGUGACUGAUCUUGAAAAAGGUUGUGCUAUUUGCCACAAACCCAGUGAUGAGCAGGAAAAGGCUCUUAAACAGUUUGUGCAUCUCAAUAUUGGAAAGAGCAAGGCUGCUAAUUUGGUUUAUAAUGUCAUGAGACAUCAUGGAGAAGGAGUUGGCUAUGAAUAUGGUAGAACAUAUUCAAAGCUAAAAACCUUUGCCAAAAGAGUUGGAAAAUCAUUGGUUUACUAUGUAGUACCCCAAAGUGAAGAAGGAAAGAACUUUGGUACUUUGAGGGAUGAGACUGUUGACCUAAAAGUUUAUGAAGCUGAUGGCUCAGAGGAACCAAGUUCCUCAGGUUCUGGAAAGAGGAGCUCAGAAGAUAGAGGUUGUUUAGAGUUGGAGAAUGUUAAACCAGAUGAUCUGAACACUUCAAAAUCUGAUGCCUCAACUUCUGGAAUCAAGGAGACUUCAGUACCUAAAGUAAAUCAGCCUAAGAACUUAAAGUUUUUUAAAAGAAAAGAACCAAGUCUCAAACCUCAGAAGCAGUACAAAACUCAAAUUAUUUAUGACUCUAGAAUCAGAAGAUACAACCAGUCAAAUCAUUGGAUUGAUCUGGCAUCUAGGAAAGGUUAUGUCUUACCUAAGAUGUGGAAACAAGUCAGAUUGAAAGGAAAGAAAGCAUAUGUUUUAGACAUAUGGCUUACAAGUCCUCAACUCACCACUCAAGGAGGAAUCAUGAAUCAUUCAUGGUAUCUGGACAGUGGAUGCUCAAGGCAUAUGACUGGUGAGAAACAAUUGUUUUCAAAGCUAACUCUCAAAGAAGGAGGUUCUGUAGGAUUUGGUGGUAACCAAAAAGGGAAAAUCAUUGGUACAGUUGUUUUUGGUAAGGAAUCUUGUACUGUAUCAAAACAGUCUGACAAAUCCAUAGUGUUCAAAGGAUUGAGGAAAAACAAUGUUUAUAAAAUCAAUCUUUCUGACUUGAAUGAACAAAAAGUGGUUUGUCUUUUGACAUUGAGUGAAGAAAAAUGGAUCUGGCACAAAAGAUUGGGCCAUGCUAACUAG